CGGCCCCGCCCCGCGCAGUGCCCGGAUGAGGCAGGUUUGGGAGCCGGCGGGGAUGCUGCGGCUGUGACAGGCGAUGCGCUCGGGUUGCUUUGAUCAUGGACAGUGAAGAAAUUCCAACUUUCUCAAGUCCAAAGGAGGAAACUGCUUAUUGGAAAGAGCUUUCCUUGAAGUACAAACAAAGUUUCCAGGAAGCUCGGGAAGAGCUGGCCGAAUUUCAGGAGGGAAGCCGAGAAUUAGAAGCUGAGUUGGAGGCACAGCUAGUGCAAGCUGAACAAAGGAAUAGAGAUUUGCAAGCAGAUAACCAAAGAUUGAAAUAUGAAGUGGAAACAUUAAAGGAGAAACUGGAGCACCAGUAUGCACAGAGUUACAAGCAAGUGUCAUUGUUAGAGGAUGACCUAAGCCAGACGCGGGCCAUUAAAGAUCAGCUGCAUAAGUAUGUGAGGGAGUUGGAACAGGCCAACGAUGACUUGGAACGUGCAAAGAGGGCAACAAUAGUUUCAUUGGAAGACUUUGAACAAAGGCUAAACCAGGCUAUUGAGAGAAAUGCAUUUUUAGAAAGUGAACUGGAUGACAAGGAAUCGUUGCUAGUUUCUGUACAGAGAUUAAAGGAUGAAGCGAGAGACUUACGGCAAGAGCUAGCAGUACGGGAAAGGCAACAGGAAGUCACUCGAAAGUCAGCGCCUAGCUCACCUACUCUAGACUGUGAAAAGAUGGAUUCAGCUGUCCAGGCGUCUCUCUCCUUGCCAGCUACACCCGUUGGAAAAGGAUCAGAAAAUAGUUUUCCUUCCCCCAAAGCUAUACCAAAUGGAUUUGGUACCAGCCCUCUUACUCCUUCAGCUAGAAUAUCUGCACUCAACAUUGUGGGAGAUCUCUUAAGGAAAGUAGGGGCCUUAGAAUCCAAAUUAGCUGCUUGCAGAAAUUUUGCGAAGGACCAGGCAUCACGGAAAUCCUACAUUUCAGGGAAUGUUAACAGCAGCAUGAUGAACAGCAAUGGCACAAAGUACCCUCAUUCAGGGCAUACAUCCUUCUUUGACAAAGGGGCAGUAAACGGCUUUGACCAAGGUCCCCCUGGACUGGGAUCCUCCAGACCAUCGUCAGCACCUGGCAUGCUGCCCCUGAGCGUAUGAGCCACCGGGCGGUUGUGUUCGGACUUGCAAAUGCUUUUCUCAAACCACCAAGAGAAGAAGUGCUUCUGAUUCUUCCCCAUUCCUGCCCCAGCCAGAACACAGCCUGCGCCAUGGCGCACAGCAGUCCCCUGGCUGGCUACUGCUAGAGGAGGCCCUGCGCCCACAGCCCUUCAUGCCAUAUUAAUACAACUUAUUUUCUCCUAUUGCGGUAGCGGAUGUUCUCUGCCUGGGCCACACGCUGUGUGUUGCACAAGCUGAGACACAUAGUGCUCUGUUUCACAGGAUGCAGGAGUCUUGCUAGCCGGAACUUGGUCGGGCAGUCCUUGACCCAUCACUUUAUCUCUUUUAUUGUAGGUUUAGCAUGAUAGAAAUGUUGGCCAGCUCCUCUAAAAUGAAGCCUUCCCCCCUCUCCCUGCCUGCCUGCUCCAGCAUCCUGGCACUUAAGACACGCAGCUGCUGCCUGCGCAGUAAAGCUCAAACUUCUUGAAAUCAGUGCUUGGUAAGGCUUUGAGAUGAGUUUUAGACAUUCACACCUGGGAAUGAGGUCCAGAUACAUGACUGAGUUACUGCAGCUUAAUAAAUUACUGCCUGGCAGGUGUCAGCUGUUGCUGAUGGCACAGGUGCCCCCUGGCACUGCCUGUUGCCUUGGCUGGAGUCUGCUGGGGUCUGUUCCUGCAGCCCUGUCUCAGCUGGCAGAGGUGGCUGUGCACAUCAGUGCUGGGCUCUUCUGGGGCCAGUGAAGAGCAGGGGCUUAUUGGCCACUGCCAGCACAGCAGGGGGAGUGGAGAUGGCCGGGUGCUGGUUGGCAGCAUGUUGUAGGAGAAGAUCAGCACUCAGCAGAUGCGAGUUACAACAUAAAGUGCUUUAGCUUAAGCUAACAGCAGUGAGAUUCGCUGAAGUAUUUUCCCCAUGGCUCAAGACAGAGCAGCUGCUGGGCAGUAAUGUAUUUAGAGGCUGUAGCAAGCUCCUGUUUCCCUUGUGUCUGUACCAUACCUGCCUUUAUCAGUGAAACUUUCCUACAUUGCUGUAGUACAGACUCCCUGAGAGCUUUAGAAAGCUGCAAAUCCAGUUGGCUGCACUGCCAAUGGAAUACCCGCUCUGCCAGAACCAUUUAAGCAUCCAAACCAUGUUCAGAUCUGUGUAAUAUGUGACUGGAUUUUACAGUGUCACUGAUGGGCUUCUGUGACAGUUUUGGGCAACUGUGUAACUUGUGGGUCUUUUUCAAGCAAUGUAUUUGUGCGAUUUCACUGUCUUUAUGUGCCUCAAAGUUGGUGGAUUUUAAAAUGAGCCAGCAAACCCAGCUGUGGUUUGGUUGUGGGAUAAAAAAAAAAAAAAAAAAAGAAAACUUCCUUCCUUCCCACUGUUCAGUCACAUUCAUUUGGCUCUGCAGCUCUAAGUUGAUUUAUUUACAACUACUGAGGGGAAGGAAAAAAAAAAAACAAAAAAAAACAAACAUUUGCCCCAGCAGAAGGGAGGUGGGGAGAGUCACCACAUACCAUUAGAGUUUUAUAUGUUCCUCUUUUCCUUUGCAUCCUUUGCUGCAUUUGACUGUUUACAUUUGUUUUAUUGUACAUAGGUUUGUAAACAUAAUAUCUUUGCCUAAGAUCUUUGUACAUAACUUGGGCUUUGUAGUUUAUUUAUUCAAAAUCUAUAUGGCAUGUUUCAAUAGGACAGUGUACCAUACCACAGUGGUGACACAGAUCAUGUGAUUUAAAAAUCCAAGAGAGUAAUCUUCCAAAAAUAAAGUUCUUUUAAUGUGGAAUUAGUGGAUUUUGCAGAAAA